GACGCGGUUACUGAUAACUUCUGCACCUGGACAGCGACCUUCGUUAGGCUAACGGCGUUUUAAGGGCUGUCUCAAUAGUGUGAUAAACACUGUCUGUAUAUUAAGAGUCGGAACAUAUGCCUUGAAAAUAUUUUCUAGAACCCCGGAUUGUUAUUGUCGUCAAGAGCUGAGUGCUGCGGGCUAAUAUAUGAGGAGCAGCCAAAUCGAGCAGUACUGUAGAGAAACGUUUGUUAGACCGCAGAGGCAGUAUCUUCCUCUUUAUUUGUCGCACAUAAAACCGAGCGAGUGGGAAACACUUUUACAGGGACAGACUGCGUUCAGGAAGAAACUAGGCAACAUUGUUACCGGGACAGAACUUAACUAUACGCAUUUUCCUUUGUACAUUUUGACACCGGUGUAAAAGUGAAGAUGCUGCGGCUUCCUGGAGCAGGGAUAACGCUAUUGCUCUGGAUGUUUAGCCGCAUCAGCAGCUUCAAUGCAGCUCUCCCAGCAUCCCCCAAGUGUGACGAAGCCCUGGCCACACCCCUUUCCCAGAAUGCCUUCACCAGCUCGUCUGUGUUCUCCAGCAGCUACGCACCGGUGUACGCCAAGCUGAACAAGAGAGGAGGUGCUGGAGGCUGGUCCCCUCUCGACAGUGACCACUAUCCAUGGCUGCAGGUGGAUUUAGGCAGCCGGAAGCAAAUAUCUUCCAUAGCAACACAGGGCAGGUACAGCAGCUCUGAUUGGACGACAAGAUACAGGCUCCUCUACAGUGAUACAGGAAGAAACUGGAAACCAUACCACCAAGAUGGCAACAUCUGGGCAUUUUCAGGCAAUUCCAACACAGAGAGCGUGGUCCGACAUGACUUACAGCAUUCCAUUGUUGCCCGGUACCUGCGUAUCGUUCCUCUGGACUGGAGUGGAGAAGGGCGUAUUGGCCUGAGGAUAGAGAUCUAUGGCUGUCCUUAUUGGGCGGAUGUGAUAAACUUCGACGGCCAAGGGGUGAUCUCCUACCGCUUCAAAAUUAAGAAGAUGAAGAUUCUGAAGGACGUAAUUGCCCUGAAGUUUAAAACUUCGGAGAGCGAGGGUGUCAUCCUGCAUGGAGAGGGACAGCAGGGAGACUAUAUCACCCUGGAGCUGAAGAGAGCCAAGCUGGUGCUGCAGAUAAACCUGGGCAGUAAUCAGUAUGGCUCCAUUCUUGGGCACACAUCAGUAACAAGUGGAAGCCUAUUGGACGAUCAUCACUGGCACUCAGUGGUCAUCGAGCGCUACAGACGGAAUGUCAACUUCACCCUGGACAGACACACACAGCACUUCCGCACAAAUGGAGAGUUUGACCAUCUCGACCUGGACUAUGAGCUCAGCUUUGGUGGAAUGCCAUACUCAGGGAAGCCAAGCUCAGGAGGCCGAAAAAACUUCAAAGGGUGCAUGGAGAGCAUCAACUACAAUGGUGAUAACAUCACUGACCUCGCCCGGAGGAAGAAACUAGACACAUCAAGCUUUCGUAACCUGAGCUUCACCUGUGUGGAGUCCCACAUGUUCCCUGUGUUCUUCAACGCCACCAGCUACCUCCAGCUACCUGGGCGGAGAAACCAUGACGUAGUGUCAGUCAGUUUCCAGUUCCGCACCUGGAACGCCAACGGGCUGCUGCUCUUCAGUACACUCGCCGACGGCAUGGUCGAAGUGGCACUCAACGAAGGCAAAGUGAGCGUACACAUCAAUGUCACACAGAAGAAGAACACGCGCAUAGACAUAUCAUCUGGUUCUGGACUGAAUGAUGGCCAGUGGCAUGAUGUGCGGUUUUUGGCCAAGGAGAAUUCUGCCAUGCUGACCAUUGAUGGAGAUGAUGCUUCUGCAGUAAGGACCAGUACCCCUAUUCAGAUUCAGACUGGAGGCGUGUACUACUUUGGAGGUUACUUCCUGCGCUCCAGCCCGGUGCCCACGCAGCGCUCCUUUCAAGGCUGCAUGCAGCUGAUCCACGUGGACGGGCAGCUGGCUGACCUCCACGCCGUGGAGCAAGACAGGCUGGGCGCCUUCGAAAACAUCAGCCUGGACAUGUGCGCCAUCAUAGACAGGUGCAUGCCCAACCAUUGUGAACACGGCGGCAGGUGCGCCCAGACCUGGGACAGCUUCAGCUGCGCGUGUGAUGGGACGGGAUACACAGGGGCCACGUGUCACACCUCUGUUUAUGAGCAGUCCUGUGAAGCGUACAAGCACCUCGGCAAAAUGUCAGACACCUACUGGAUUGACCCGGAUGGGAGUGGUCCUCUUGGGCCUUUCAGGGUCAACUGCAACAUGACAGAGGACAAGGUGUGGACGACGGUGAUGAACAACCUCCCUCCGCAGACCUCUGUGACUGGCUCCAGCAGGGAGAAGAGGACGGUGCUGCAGCUCAACUACAGCGCCUCCAUGGAGCAGGUGUCGGCCAUCACUAGCAGCGCGGAGCACUGCGAGCAGCAUGUGGCCUACGCCUGCCGAAUGUCCCGCCUGCUCAACACCCCCGAGGGAACGCCGUACACGUGGUGGGUAGGGAAGGGCAACGAGAAGCACUUCUACUGGGGUGGCUCGGGGCCUGGGAUCCAGAAGUGCGCCUGUGGCAUCGAUCGCAAUUGCACCGACCCCAAGUAUUACUGCAACUGUGAUGCCGACCAGAAGCAGUGGAGAGAGGAUUCUGGACUGCUGCUGUAUAAAGACCACUUACCUGUCAACCAGGUGGCUGUUGGAGACACAAAUCGACCAGGCUCAGAGGCAAAGCUGACUGUCGGACCUUUACGCUGUCAAGGGGACAGUAAUUACUGGAAUGCGGCAUCCUUCACCACGCCCUCCUCCUACCUCCACUUCUCCACCUUCCAGGGAGAGACCAGCGCCGACAUCUCCUUCUACUUCAAGACCUCGGCCCCGUACGGCGUCUUCCUGGAGAACCUGGGCAACACGGACUUCAUCCGCCUGGAGCUGAAAUCGCCCACCGUAGUGUGCUUCUCCUUCGACGUGGGCAACGGGCCCGUGGAGCUCAACGUGCGGUCCCCCACGCCGCUCAGCGACGACCAGUGGCACAGGGUCAGCGCCGAGCGCAACGUGAAGGAGGCCGUGCUGCAGCUGGAUCAGCAGUACAAGGAGGUGCGGCCGGCGCCCCCCCAGGGCCACACCCGCUUGGAACUCUACAGCCAGCUUUACGUGGGCGCAGCAGGAGGACAGAGGGGCUUUCUGGGAUGCAUCCGUUCCCUUAAGAUGAAUGGCGUGACCCUUGACCUGGAGGAGAGAGCAAAGGUCACCCCUGGGGUGAAGCCUGGUUGUUCCGGGCACUGCACCAGCUAUGGGAUGUACUGUCGAAAUGGAGGCAAGUGCGUGGAGAAAUACAACGGAUACUCCUGCGACUGCACGUCCACGGCCUACGAUGGAGCUUUCUGCACUAAAGAUGUUGGUGGCUUCUUUGAGAUAGGGACCCUGGUCAGGUACAGCUUCAUGCCUGAGGCUGCACCAGCAGCGACCAAGGAGGGCAAGGGUCUCUCCCAGAAUCUGGCCUUAGAGGCCAACCUGACCCAGGAGGACCUGGCCUUUAGCUUCAGCACGUCCAACACGCCCAGCAUCCUGGUCUACAUCAGCUCCAAGACCCAGGACUACCUGGCAGUGGUCCUGCGUCACAAUGGAACGCUGCAGAUCCGGUACGACCUGGGCGGCCUGAGGGAGCCCUUCACCAUCGACGCGGACCAGCGCAACCUGGCCAACGGCCAGCCCCACAGCGUCAACAUCUCCCGUGUCCAGAGAAACAUCCGACUGCAGCUGGACCACUAUCCUCCAGUGAGCUACUCCCUUCCAGAUGCCUCCGACACCCAAUUCAACCUGAUCAAAACGCUUUUUCUGGGCAAAGUCUUUGAAACGGGUCCGAUCGACCCGGUCCUCAUCGAGAACUACAACACGCCGGGCUUCGUGGGCUGUCUGUCGCGGGUGCAGUUCAACGGCGUCGCCCCCCUGAAGGCCGCGUUGAGGUCACGCAUCGCCGCGCCCGUCGCCGUUCAAGGAAAGCUGGUGGAGUCCAACUGCGGUGCCUCCCCCCUCACCAUCCCGCCAAUGUCUGCCGCCACCGACCCCUGGCACCUGGACUCAGCAGGUGCUGACUUCCCGUUCAAUGAGGAGAGGGUGAUACCGGAUGGAGUGAACAGGAACUCUGCAAUAAUCGGAGGUGUGAUCGCUGUGGUCAUCUUCACCAUCCUCUGCACGCUGGUGUUCCUGAUUCGCUACAUGUUCCGUCACAAGGGCACCUACCACACCAACGAGGCCAAGGGGACGGAGUCCGGGGACAACGCAGACGCCGCCAUCAUAGGCACUGACCCCAACUUCACAGAGACCAUUGACGAGAGCAAGAAGGAGUGGUUCAUAUAAUGAGACGAUGUCGGGGAGGGGGGGGGGGGGGGGCGGGGGGGGCGGGUGGGGGUGUGUACAGGUCUCUGCACAGUUUGAGUCCGUUUCUGGAUAUCAGCACAAGCAGAAAAACUGGGAAAUGGUGAGGUGUACCCGGUGAUGAACUAUGUAUUGUGGCUGGCUUGUCUCUAACAUUAUAUUGUGUUUGGGAGCUUGAGGACUCAUUUGCAUAUUUAAUCAGAAUGAAUUAUGUGGAAGCACAACAUUAUUGUCAUUACUUUCUUUCAGUUGAGGCCCAGAAUUUAUCCUGAAUUAUCUGCUCUGCAAUUGCUACAAUAUUGUUUGUUUACAUCGUAAUAGACUAGGAACACUUAUACACGAUCCCUUAACCUUCUAAAUGACCUUUCAGUAUAUAGAGUAUUUCAGAAACAUGUAUGCCAAAUGCCCUGUGUAAAUAUUUUGGAUUAAAUCAUGAUAAAAGUAUAAAUAUAGAGUUUAACUGAGCUAAUGAUGACAUUGGAUUGUAUCUACAGGGAUAAGUGGGUCAACACUGAGCAAAGAAUACAGCAGUGUGGUACUAAAACAUGGCAAACCUGUGUUAAGUUUGUCAGCACCACAGUACAGAUCUGUCUGCUGAAAAACUCCAUGUUUAAUGUUAACCAGUUAUGUUUCUUUCAAGUUGCCAAUCAGUCCAUUCUUAUAUAUAUGUUUUUUUGUUCGUUUGUUUUGUCUUCAAUUUGCAUUUUGUGUCUUUGAGAGGCAGCUCUAUUGGUGGGAAUGCCUCGCUCUGAGGCUGAGUUUGCGCAUUUGGAUGAGGUGGUACUGUGACACGCGGAAGGCAUACGCACCAGUGUGGUUGUACACUGCGUCCGUCAUCAGGGGGAGGAGAGAGUGAUGACAAUAUCCUAUUACGUUAACUGGCUUGAUCCAGCGUGCCUUCAGGAUUCAGCCACUUAGCCUUCAGUUUAUGUGAUUUUACACUGUACAGAUAUCAGGGGGAAGGGAAGACACACAGGAGUCAUCAGGGUUAUGUUUUAUAGUGGGGGGGUGGGGGGGGUCACAUAUAAGAGCUGUUUAAAAGUGCAUGGCUUCGAGAAUAUCGAGUCGUGCUUUACCAGUGCCACCACAGUCUGUUGUGCUACUAUUUGCUUGGAGCUAAUGAGAGGAAGUUUUUUUUUUUCAUUUUAUGUAUUAAUUGUUCCGAAUGUUAUCUUUGAUGGUAUUGUACAGCCAAAAUAUGAUGAAAUCAUACUACACCAACUAUCGUGUGUUUCUGCCAUUGUUUUGCUGGUGUCAGCUUUUUUGAGACAUUUGUAUUUUCUUUGAUGGGACCCCAGAUUUGCAGUCAAGAGUUUGUGGGUUCUUCUCCAGCAGUUUUUUCGUUAUUGUUUGCCAUCAGUGGCUGUCAUUAUUGGCCCUCCUCAUCCAGGGUAGACAGGGGUGUAGAUAAACCCCGUGCCACACUGAGGACCCUCCCCAUGACAUCACUGUCUCCAUUACAUGGACGAAAACUCACAAUUUGUAUCACACGGCCAUGGUUGUCUGUGUCCUUUCAAAUUCUAGCAAACAGCAGGUUAGCCGUCCUAUAGGGAAAGUGCUGUGACUGCAAAGGCUCCCAGCAGUCUGCCCGUACUGGCAGAUACUACAGCCAAUGAACAGAUUGGCACAGUUUGCGACAUGAGCUAGUCCCCGUUAUCGGUAAACAAUCUUUUUGUAGCCAGGCCAAAGUCCUCUGUGGGUGCAAGGCAGCCAUUACGAAGAGAAAAACAUCCCCAACCAACAUGAGAUGUGGGGUAUUCUCUGGGGCUGGCAGCACAGCACGGGUCAGAGUUGGGAUGAGUGUGCCUUAUGGGUACAGGGGGACUCUCCCUUAUGGGUACAGGGGGACUGAGAGCAAACUCCCAGCAGUGCUGAAAGCGGCACAGUCUCCUAGACCCCCUCGGCUUGUGGGUGGCGGACAGCAAUCGCUGUGCAGUAAAAUCAGACCCAUGCUGCCACUUGACUUCCAGCGCCUUGCGGCUAAUGAGCUGGAGAUGUCUCCCAUCAUAAGAACAGCCUGAAGCCAGGGAGAAGAGAGUCUGUGGUGGCUGCUGAAGAAGAAUGUGCUAUGAGGGGUAGAACGACAAGCAAACACUGAAUUCUCCCUGACUUACAUUACACAGUUUUACAGAAUGACACUGAAGCAGGAGGCUUUUGUAUUAAUUGAUAAAAGAUAAUAUAUUACCCUCUUUUUUUAGGCUCCUGGAUACCUUAAAUCAAUAUGACAAGAGCAUGUGAUGGCAUUUCUACUGGGAACUGACCACAACAGGAACUGUUCUGUGCGUCUCCACUCAACACAUUUUUAAACUGUUUUUUGUUUGUUCUGUAAUAUUUGACGUCAUCUCCAAGGCCUCUGGCACAGCCAGAGAAGACACUGAGUGACUAUGAUAAGCAAGAACCCAUGUGCCACUUCUUACCUGAAUGCUGCUGGGAAAGCAAAAGCUUCCUAUACCAUAUGACUUACUAGAAACAGCCUCUUUUCCGUCUAACAGCAAAUGCAGCGAGGUAUGAAAUGCAUUACCAAUUUCAGCAUUUUUCUUUAAAUCUUUCCCCUUCUCACUCACGAACCUUGAGAUACACUGUCCACUUCUGUUGUUUAAAAGACUCAUGAAUGAUGAAUGUGAACUCUCAGAACGGGGAGAAAUUUUAACAAUCAAAGCACAUUGACCGUCUUUUUUUGAGGAUCGUAAACAUUAAACACAUUAUGCACUUAUGCAGUUAUGUUAAAAAAAUGUGUCAUGGAGCUGAUUAAUUCUUAAUAGUUUGUGAUACAGAACAAAUUGAUUAAUAUCCUUGGUCAACAAUGGACAUUUUGUAUCUCUCCAGAGAACAGUAAAAAUGUGUCAUGGUUGUAAUUAAAAUGUUCCUGGCAGUAGUAUGGUUUCUUUUUGUGUAUGUUUUUCAUAAUACUGUAUAUGAUUUGAGUUUGGUUAAUUACUUGUGUUGAGCCAAUACAUUCAGUUAGCUAUUUGUUUUUCUCUGUAUCUUUUGACACUACUCAUGUGAAAGGAAAACUACCAAGGGAUGUAGCAAUAGCAAUAGUUAUGUUAAACCAUUUAGAAACCUAUGGUUCAUAUACUUUCUAUGUCAAAAAGUAUAACCUUAUACACCCAAAAAAAAAUACAGCCAAUGCAAUGUGAUUGUUUUGUACAAUGGUACUUCAAGUAGAUGAUGCAUCUUGUUUCUUGAUGUAAAUAUAUAUAUUUUUAUGGAGAUAUUUUAUAGACGAUCAUAGCCCUGUCUGUGUGUCUUCCAUUUUAUGAAAAGGCUUGUGUUGGAGAGUGGGAACAGCAGAUGGAGGAGACAGUCUUUGCCCUGUAGAGGUAAUAUAUGUGUACAGUUCAAGUAUGUGGUGAUGGAUGCUGUAGUUUCCUGCCAACUGUGCUGGAACAAUUUGAAGUUUUAUUUGUUUUAUGGUUGUAAGUGUUCAGUUUAUCUGCAAAAAUGCCCAACAGCGGAAGGCAACUUUUUUUUUUUUAAGUAUUAUUAAAUUUUCAAGGCUAGAGGUGGACUUUGAUGUGUGUUGCUUUCAGGUGACAAAGGCAAGAAAGGUUUGACAGAGACAGUGUUCCCUAUCCAUCACCACUCUUCUGCUAAUGAAGAGCACAGAGCACAGCCCAGUUCCCCUGCACGUUCACAUUCAUCUGUACUCGUACCUCCCAUAGCACCUGCUUUUCAGUCACACACAUGCACACCUGGAGUGAAAUGUGAAUACAAAUGAAAACCAUGAAAAAGGGGUUAUUCCCUUGGUUUUGCCCUAUUAAACCCCGAAAGCCUAUACUAAAAACAUUGAUUUUUUACAAAAAAAUAACUAGGAAUGGAUACAAGCAAUGAAAUGGCUGAUUUAGGCUUCACUGAAUCUAUGAAGUAUAUUAUCUACAUUUUGUCUGUAUAUUUUUAUGAUGGACCUUUUUAUGCCUAUUGCUUGUGUAUUUUACUUAUAGGUUCAAUGGCAGCAUGACCACUAAAUGUGAAACUGUACAUACUGUAUUGUAGACAAUUGUGGAGAUAUCAUACAUAUAUUUACUCUUGGGGAAAUAUUUUUUAACUUUCUUAUGAUACAGACAAGCCCUUGAUGGGCUGGUAAUUGCAGAACAUGCAUUUGAACAUUAUUUUUUAUUAAUUACUCUGUCACUUGAAGCCUGGUUGUGCAGAGUGAAUAGCAACCAGCGAAAGUGGUGUGCCAGAGAGAGAAAGGACAUUAUUAAUAAAUAAAAAAUUCAAUAGUUGAUUAGGGUGGAGGAAGAUCAGGAAAAAUGUUCUAUUUACAAAGCGUCAACCAUUAAAGGGGAUCACUGUCUCUUUAAAAGAUGAUUGUAUUUGUCAUUUUUAUUUGAUUUCUUUUUUAAAGGGUCGUACAUAAUCUACCAGGCCUUGUUUGGAAUAUGUUGUGUGAUUUGGAAUAAAGUAACAGCAUUAAA